AUCAUGCAAGCCCGCAACUUGACCCUCACCGAGGAGCUGGAGAAGCUCGAGCAGUCCAUCACUCUCACCCUGCAAGAAAUCGACCACAACUUCAGUCGCGCCCACCGCAUCGUCACCGGCAGCAUCCUCCCCAUCGUCGAGCAGUACGCCAAGCACUCCGAGGCCGUGUGGGAGGGCUCCAAGUUCUGGAAGCAGUUCUUCGAGGCCAGCGCCAAUGUGUCGCUGUCGGGCUACGAGGAGCCCAACAACAACCCCGACGAGGACGAUACGACGCAGCGCUCCGAGACGUUCGACGAGAGCCCGAGCCGCGACGACGACCUCACCACCCGCUCCGGCGCAGACCAUCCUACGAGAUUCGAUGACUCGGACGACGACGACAAUGCCGGCCGCCCAGACGACAGCAUCCUCUCCUCGCCCUCCAUCUCCGCCGCACACGCCCAAAGCACCCCGCGCCAGCCCAGCGCCCGCCCCACUUCGGGCGGCUUCGCAAACUUCGGCUCGCCGUACGAGGCGCUGAAGCGGGAGAUGCGCGGCGAGGAAGAAGCAGGCGACACGACGCUCAGCGCCGACGAGGACGACGACCUGCCCGACCACACCACCGCGACAGCCGCCACGGGCAUGAGGGGUGAGGAGGAAGAGGGAGAGCCCGCGACGCCCGGCCGCGCCGCCGCCGCCCUCCCCGACAUGUCCAUGACUCCCGAGUCGAGCCCUUUCGCGCCCGGCAGCGCCUCCACGACGACGCACAACCGCCAGCACGACCCGCUGCUGCACCGCAUGCUGGACCGCACGUACCGCAUCGCCGCGACGCCGCGCACGGGGCGCAGCGCGCGCAUCCAGACGUCGCGCUUCCCUGCGCACAAUAACAACAACAACAACAACACCAACAACGCAGCAGCAGGCACGCCCGGCAACGACAACGCGGCGCGCGCUCGCGCCCGCCGCACCCUCGCCGCCCUCGACUCGUCGCCCCUCUCCUCCCCCGGCGCCGAAGCACCCCCCCAGCUGCGCGCAGACAUGUUCUCCUCGCCGCUGAUGCCGGCGCGGACGCCCGGCCGCCGCACCCCAGCACGCAAGACGCCGCGGCGGGCGCCCCGGCCCGGCGAGUCCGUGCUGCACACGCCCGGGGCGGCCGCAAGCAACAGCAACGCGCACCAGCAAGGCCAGCACCACGGCAGCAGCACCACCACCACUGCCGCCGGCGGCGGCAAGGGCCUAGACUUCACGUCCGCUGCCGCGGGCGCCGGCGUCCCUGACGAGGACCUCGUCACCUGGGAUAGUGACGAGGAGGCCACUAUGCUCUCGACUGCGCACCACGAUGGCUUUGACGACGACGGCUACGACGACUUUGCCGGCGAGAUGAGCCCGCCCAAGACGCUGCAGUUCAGCGUCCCGCAGAGCCGGCUGCUGCGCACGCCUGCGAGGGAGGCGAGCCGUCGCAUUGUUGAGGAUUUGCUGGCGACGGCGGGUGGAGGGGACGACAGCUUGGAGGGUGAGGGUGGUGCUGGGGAGGCGAGUCCUAGUGUCGUGAGGCCGGCGGCGGGGGGGUGGGUGGGUGAGGAUGAGAGCUUUUAG